CAGUUAUUUCUCUCUCAAAUAUGGCCGCCAUACAGCGUCGUCUGCAGAUAAUACGCCAGAGAACUCGUGAUCUUCCGUUUCCGAGGGUCUUUCAAGACCGUUCAAACCCUCUGGAGACUCUAUCUUCUCAUGAAAUAUUCCAGAGGUAUCGUUUCCGUCCUCAUUCUAUUCUUCUUCUCGUCAACAUCCUUUUUCCUUACUUGGAACGAGCCACUGGACGCUCCUGUCCACUACCCCCUCUUCUUUCCGUACUUGUUUCUCUCCAUUUUCUGGCAACUGGGGCCCACUAUAUCGUUGUUGGUGACGUCCAUGGCAUUUCCGCUUCGUCUGUCUGCCUCGCCAUCAAAACCACUGUCGCUAUACUUUCUGGAGUUGCAAGAAAGAAGAUCCAGUUCCGUCGGGAUUUAGAUGCUGUAAAGGCAGAGUUCUUUUCCAUUGCCGGAUUUCCAAAUGUCAUUGGACUGGUGGAUGGAACCCACAUACGAAUAAAUGCCCCUCACCAGUAUGAGGAGGACUAUGUAAAUCGCAAGGGCUAUCACUCUAUCAAUGUGCAGAUGGUAUGUGAUGCUGGGUUCCGGAUUCAAAAUGUAGUUGUGAAGUGGCCUGGAAGUGUCCAUGAUGCCCGCAUAUUCCGGCAAUCUUCCUUAUGCCUGGAUUUGGAAAAUGGUGUCAUGGAUGGUUACUUGCUUGGUGACAGUGGUUAUGCGUGCCGACGUUACCUUCUAACGCCGUACCUGAACACACGAUCACAAGCACAGGAAAGAUAUAACAGAGCCCUGGUAAAGACUCGAGUCAUUAUUGAACAGACAUGCGGUGUGUUGAAGCGCAGGUUUCCUUGCCUUUCAUAUGGCCUUCGUGUACAGCCCCAGCGAUGCUGCCAGAUAAUAUUGACCUGCUCCUUCCUCCACAACUUUGGUCUAGAUAAUGGAGACAUAUUUGAUCGUCUGGACGGUUUUGAUGUUGAUCAACCACUUGACUUAUCUGACAAUAACGCCUCAGCAUGUGACCCCGGAGAGUAUGGACCAUAG